CUACUUUUCCAUUAGAAGAUUAUGCAAAUUUUUAGCUAAUGACAUAGAUUCGUCUUCAGUAUGUAAAGCAACUUUUAAGGAGCUUUGUUCUCAAUUCUCUUGUUGGCCACGAACAUGUAUGAAAGAAGCUAUUGACUAUAUUCUUUGUUGCCAAGGCCAAUCUUUUUUCUUUCAUCUUGUUUUGUGAAUCGUCUUGCUAACGUAUGUUAGCAUGGCGAUUGCAAAAGAAAGUUGAAAAAAAAAGACCGCCAUUAACACAACAAACAGUAUAGUCAGCGACCAUUUUUUAUACAUGUUCGUGACCAACAAGUUGAUUGGGAAUAAGGCUCAUUGAAAACAUUGAUAAACAAAGUUAAAAAACUUAUAUUAUUUAGUUAUCUGUAUCCUUCAAUGAAAUUGUUGGACCUGUAGAUAAAUCGUCAACCAGUGUCUAGAAACUCAAACUUAUCGUACCCGAGGAUAAGUAAGGAUCAGGUAGAAUUUUGCAGAUUGAAUUAGAUUGAACAUAUUUGUAGGAUCGACUAGGAAACUGUGUUAUGCAACUUCUUCAAUUAAAAUAAAAAGCUGUUUUUCCUAUUAUAAGCUUUUUGUUGUCACACAACAACAGAAUUACAGGCGAAUUAUCUGUAAUUGGAUGAUUCCAACGAGUUUCUAUUCCCUUACGAAUAGGUAGCUCUUGAGGAAAUCAAAUUUUUCGGAGUCAUCAAUUAAUCUUCUGAGUAGGGAUGAACCACUUAACAUAACUCAAAAUUAAGUUCAAUUUUAUUACUUAACACCUAAUUCACUUAACAUUAAGUUUAAGUGAUUGUGUUAGGCAAAUAUCAUUUGAUUUCGACUUUUUCUUUACACCGAUACGGACUCACCAUGACGUUAUUGAGGUUCUAUAAAAGAGCAGUCCUGCGAACCCCUGAUCGAUCCGGACUGGUGGGACAUUCUAGUUUCAUAUCGCUUAUUUUGAAACUUUCUUGUCAUAAAUAAGACAAGACACAUAUAGUCGCUUCCUGCCAUGAUAUCUGUCGAAGUCGAUCGCAUCUUGAAGUCGUUCCUCGUCUGGGAUUCAUGGAUUCUGUAUUCUGCUGAAAAGCUUUGAAUGCUUUUUUUAUAAACGUCAAGGCUAUGGAGGUAUUCUAGACAGAUGCUUUCGAUGAGCUUUUUUCUUUCAUAAAAAUUUAAAACUCAUACGCUCGUAUUAUAUUGGGGGCUCACCAUUCUUACGAAUGACGAGAAAAGAAAAUGCGAAAGAACGGAAUUGGCUAGUAAGAGAAGCAAAUCUAUCAAGAGGAUGCGUUUUUACCCAUUUUCUCUUCACUGACUUCCGUCGAUCACAUACCCCAUACAACUUUCUGACGCACUAGUCGUGUUAGAUGACAAAUGCAUUUAAAUGAAAAUAGAUUUAGCCAAGAGUGAUAAAUAAAGGCAAAACAGUUUAAAACAUAAAAUACUAAAAUAAAUGAUAUGUCUCUUCUUUUGCGUAGUACAAAGAUUGUGACUAAGUACCUGUAAGUUGGAAACAACGAAGUACAAACUGCACAUUCACUAUUUGGAAGUGUGCUACACACAGCAGAAAAUAUCGCUCUUCAUUUGAACUAAUAGAUUAAAAUACUCCAAAUGUUUACUUUUCAAUACCAAAACUACCAUAAUUCGUAUCGUCAAAUGGUAAGGUUUUUCUAUAUAAAAAUGCUGAAGCAGACAGAAAUAGAUUUCCCAACGCACUACGCAGAUAUUGCAGCACACGAAGCUUUAAAUUACUCUAAAAUACAUUAUAUUCAUUAAGGCACUACAACAACAACAACAACAACACUUUCACCUUGUGAUGCUUGUACCUUUAAUGAUACUAUUGGUGUUUUUUUUGAUGUUGAUUUUGGUGGUCUUGCUGGUGGUGGUUUUUAUAAUGUUAAUGGUGAUCCUAUUUAUUUUAGUUUUCGUUAUCCUGUUAAUUAG